AGCGCAGGACACGCGGCGCUGUUUUGGCCCGCAGUGAUGACGUAGGCAGCGCAGGUUCUAAUGGCUCUCAGAGCAAAGACACGCAAAAACCUCCCGAGACGCUCCAAGAGAGGUGCGGAUUAACCUAUCCUCCGAUGUACAUGAGGUAUUGUUCCAGGCUAUUCUCAGCUAUGGCUGGACCCAGGCCUGUGGUGCUCAGUGGCCCAUCAGGGGCAGGAAAAAGUACCCUGCUGAAGAGGCUCAUGAAAGAGUUCGACAGUGUCUUUGGCUUCAGCGUGUCCCAUACAACAAGAAAACCUCGACCUGGAGAAGAGAACGGCAGAGAUUACCAUUAUGUGACUCGAGAGGCGAUGCAGGCGGCCAUUGACAACGGCGAGUUCAUAGAGAAUGCAGAGUUCUCUGGGAACCUGUACGGGACGAGUAAAGCUGCAGUGCAGGCCGUCCAGGCCAAGAACCUCAUAUGCAUACUUGACAUUGACAUGCAGGGUGUAAAAAACAUCAAAAGGACCGACCUCAAUCCCAUCUACAUCUCCAUCCAGCCACCGUCGAUGGAAGUCCUGGAAAAACGUUUGAGAGACAGAAAGACGGAGUCGGAGGAGAGCCUCCUGAAGCGUUUAGGUACUGCCAAGGUGGAGAUCGAGUUCAGUCAAAAACCUGGUGUAUUCGAUACCAUAAUUGUCAAUGAUAAUUUGGAGGAAGCUUAUGGGAAGUUAAAACAAAGUCUUCAUGGGGAAAUAGACAAGGUGAAGAAGAUCACAACAUCCUUGUAGGCGGCAGCAGCAUCCAGACACCGUUUGGUCCCGUCCAGCCACUCCCCCCCAAAUCCACAGACCUCCAUUCCAGUCAUAUACAUUCCAUCAGAUGGUGGUCUGUGAAUCCUUGUGGAUCUACAAAUAUAUUUUACACAAUGUUUAUUAAAGUAGCUAUUAACAAAGUAGUUUUUUUUUCUUGCUGUUAGGGAAGGGUUUGUAGGUAUUUUUGUUUUGACAUGUGUGAAGAAAGAUACUCCAACUUGAAGUCAACUUACUUGAAGUGUGACGAGCACUCUGAUGAACACAGCACUGCAGAUAAGAUUCAGUGUCUGCAGAUGUAUUUGCUCACCAAUCCGGAGUAGCACAAACAAUGAGUAGCAUGACUCCUUCCAUGAUGUGGGAAAACUGCUCUUUUGAAGGAUUAAAAAAAGCACAUCUUUCAUGUUUAUUAAUGGCAACAUACUGUCCUGCUCGCCCCAUGUUUAUUUGUGCUGUUAUUCUCUUCGUUGGAGAGAUGGAUAGUUCAGAGAUGUGACUGGUGACAUGUGCAGCAGUUUAAUACUGAAACAUCAUGUGGCACCUGCUUACUUACAGAGCAGAAGGUACGUACCACGUCAGCUGUACCUUUUAAAGCAAAAUUAUUCCAUUGCAGGUUAAUCUUUUACAUUUAACUACAAGAUAGAAGUACAUUACUGUUACUUUUAACACGGUUUUCUUUAUUUUUGUGACCAGAUACCUUUUUUGAACAGUUGUAAAUUUGUAUAAUUUAUCUAUUGUGUAACUUUGCCACUGUCCAGCUUGAACUGUUCUGCCUCCCCCUAAAAGGGUUUUCAAAACAUUAAACAUGUCUUUUUAUGUAUUGCCUUUAAAAAAACAAACAUAUUUACUUUAUAUAUUUUUUCUUAUAUUACAUUUAUUUAUGAAUUGGUUUCAUGUUUUCAUCAUCUUUUUUCAGUUUUUGGAAUAAAUAUUUUACUAAUAAUUUUCCAGUUUAAUACAGCAGUGAAUUAAUAACAAAUGUGUGUUACUCUGUGUUAUAAGUUUUGGUUUUGCACUGCACCAGCUCUUUAAAUAAUGUAUUUUUCAACUCCAUCAAAUUUAUAACAAUAAGACUUGUCGCGUGUUGCAAUUCCAAUAAAGCUGUUGCACUAUGGGAGUACCUAA